UGUUCCCUCCUCGCUCCUACAUUCCUUCGCCCUUCUUCCACUUCCUCUUCAUCAAGUCACUCUUCUUCCAUCGCUACAUCCUCGCUGUUCGCGGGUGAAAUGAGCUGAAAAGUCCCGUGGAAGCUUCGUGAACUCUUCCCGUGGCAGAGAAUGAGCUGACUGCUUCCAGUCCUUUCCACCUUCGCAGCUGAAGUCUUUUGGCAAUGGCACAGCCCCCUCUCUGAUCAGACGAUGAAAACCCACACCCGUGGGUCCCCUACAGUGUUCCUCAUAAGUCUGUUGCUGCUCCUGCUGCCUCCAACUGCAGCAGACCCUAGUGGAGGAAUUAUCUUCAUGGGAGGCAACUACAAUGGCCAUCCAAUGCUUUAUUUUGAUCGGGCAGAUGUAGUCGAGUUUCAGUUGGCAGCCGGAAGUACCCAUAGGGAGAUGGCAAGGCGGAUCCGUGAGGCUGGCGAAACUAUGCUGGAACACCCAGAAGAGUACCUGCCUCCCUGGAGCCCCAUGGAGUUCAGUGCCCGAUGGAAUGAGGUUUACGGAAACAACCUGGGGGUGCUGUCCAUAUUCUGCCUGUUGUACCCGCACAGAGCAGGAGCAGUGGAUCUAGCCAUGGACUACAUGGAGAGGAUGGCAGCUCAGCCUAGUUGGUUGGUUAAAGAUGCACCUUGGGAUGAAGUUCCUUUGGCCCACUCUUUGGUUGGGUUUGCCACUGCUUAUGACUUCCUGUUUGAGUACUUGAACAAGGACCAACAGGAACGUUUUCUUCAGGUGAUCGGCAAUGCAUCUCAUCUUAUGUAUGAGAAGUCCUAUACACGAGGCUGGGGAUUUCAGUACCUGCACAACCAUCAGCCCACAAAUUGUGUUGCUUUGCUCACAGGAAGCCUGGUUUUUAUGAUGCAAGGUUAUCUACAGGAGGCCUACUUGUGGACCAAGCAAGUGUUGGCCAUCAUGGAGAAAUCCAUGGUUCUACUUCAAGAUGUCACAGAUGGUUCUCUGUAUGAGGGAGUAGCCUAUGGGACCUACACUACCCGCUCUCUGUUCCAGUACAUGUUUUUGGUACAGCGCCACUUUGCCAUCAGUCACUUUGAUCAUCCCUGGCUUCUAAAACACUUCAAUUUCCUGUACAGGACUAUCCUUCCUGGAUUUCAGCGAACUGUAGCCAUUGCAGACUCCAACUACAACUGGUUUUAUGGCCCAGAGAGUCAGCUUGUCUUCUUGGACCGUUUUGUGAUGCGUAAUGGCAGCGGAAACUGGCUUGCCGAAUUGAUUCAUCAACACAGGAUCACGGAAGGCGUUGGACAGGCUGGGAAAGGCCAGAGAUGGUGUACUCUCCACACCGAAUUCCUCUGGUAUGACCCAGGCCUUUCUCCAAAACCCCCAUCCGAUUUUGGAACAUCACAGCUGCAUUACUUUGAAGACUGGGGCGUGGUGACUUAUGGCAGUGCUUUACCUGCAAACACAAAUCGCUCCUUUCUUUCCUUCAAGUCAGGGAAGCUCGGGGGACGUGCUAUCUUUGAGAUGGUUCACAAGGGCAAGUACAAGGAGUGGAUUAAAGGGUGGAGAAACUUCAAUGCCGGCCACGAACACCCUGAUCAGAACACUUUUACCUUUGCACCCAACGGCAUUCCUUUCAUCACUGAGGGACUAUAUGGACCUAAGUACACUUUGCUGAACAAUGCUGUGUUGUUCGGUCCGGCCCUCUUGGGAACUUGCUUUAAGCCGUGGGCUGGCCAGGUGACCGAAUCCUGUGACUCCAAGUGGUUGAAAUACAAGGCAGGGUCUGCAGCUGACGCUCAGGGGAAAGUAGAAGCUGCCAUGGAGAAACAAGGGAUGGUCUUCAUUCGCGGGGAAGGUCGUUCCGCCUAUAAUCCAGACCUGAAGAUCCGCAGCUUUCAGAGAAACCUCCUCCUACUUCACCCACAGCUCCUCCUGCUGGUGGACCACAUCCAUCUGGAUCCCGACAGCCCAUCCAGGGCCAUGAGUGCAUUCUUUCACAACACAGAGCUUCCAUUCCAGGAUAUAAAAGUGGACGGUGUCCAUGGAGCAUUUGUAUCACACAAAGACAACAAGUAUAAAAUGUUCUGGAUGGAUGACACUGGUCACGGCAAUAGAGGGAUGGUAGGUUACUGGAAUUAUCCACGAGGGUACCCGUAUAAUGGCUCGAACUAUGUGAACGUCACAAUGCCGUUAAGAUACCCCCACACUCGAGUGGCCUACGUUUUUUUGGGACCAGACGUGGCACUCAACAGCUUCAGCGUCCGUGGUGACAACCAAAGAGUGGAUAUUUACCUGGCCACAAAGGAGCACACCUACACCGUCUACCUGCUGACUGGAGAAGUCACCAGCAAGCCUCUUUUUGCCAUGGUGCUGCUGGACCAGAAGAAGAUCGUGUUCGAGAAAAAACCAACUGCGGCGGACAGCUCCCCUUCGGAAGUAGAGGAAUACGUCAACGUGAUGGAGGACAACCUCCAGCAUGUCAAGCCGGUCUUUCAGCAAAUGGAAAGACAUAUUCUUGGAAAGGCUCUAAAUACGGGCAGAUUCCGCAAGACUGCGGAGCGCCUGCUCCGGUUCUCUGACAAAAAGAAGACCGAGGGGGUCAUUGAGAAGCUGUUUGCCAUGUCCAAGAAACAGAGUAAGGAUAAGGGGAGCAAGAAAAUAAACCUUGGUGAGAAGCUCUCUGGGAGUCUGCCUGACAUAUUUGCACAGAUCGAGGUCAGUGAAAAACAAGUCCGACAGAGGACGUCCAAGCGUGUGUAUGAAAACAGUCCAGAAGAGGGAGACGCAGACGCACAAGCCUUUCUAGAAUACACAGACAGCCGCAAAAACAGGAAAAGCGGUUUUGUGAAAGGCCGUAAAUUUAAAGAAGUGAAUAUGUUGGUGACUACUGGAAGUCAACGGUCCAACAUAGCCUCUUACAUUCGACUGUUCCUCCUCCUGAACACUGCCACCUUCUUCUUGCUGCUGGCGGUCUUGUUGACUCGCUUCCAGCGGGGCCGCAGCUUGAACACUCAGAGAUGUUUUUAUACGAUCGUAAUGGUUGACUGCUUGAUCUUACUGUACCUCUACUCGUCAUGCUCUCACAUGCAGUGCUGACAUCGUUAGUUCGGCUGCAAAUGAUCUCAGACUUAUGAUAUCAACAAUGGAUAGGAAUUAUAUGGUGCCUUUCCAGACACCCAUUUACAGUAAUAUCUAUUAUUCAUUUACUCUACAGUCACAUACUGGACUUGAAAACACAGCUGCCCUGGAGUACAGUGGAACCUCCAUUUACAAACACCUCUAUUUGCGACCUUUUCAGUUUACAAACGUUUACAUGUUUACAUCGCGCCAAAUGUGCCUGUGUGUGCGGACCAUAUCUUCAUUCAUUCAUUCAUUUUCCUUGUUGCUUAAUGCUACUUUAAUAACAUCUAACAACUUCUGACAAGUUUAUUUCCACAAUUGUCAUACGUUGCGCCAGUCAGAGUUGUCAGCCUGUCUUAGAGAUCGCUUUGUGCAAUUAGAAACGCUUUCAAUGUUUUCAAACUUUUGACAGUUUUGCUGUAUAGCUUCAGGUUGCUCGACAAUCGCUUUGAGCUAGCAUUUUAUCCCGUUAACAUCCGGCUUCAGUUCGAGGAUUUUGUCACCAAGGGAGUGUUGUUCCGCAGUAAGUCUUUGACAGGGAUGAGACUAAAAAAAUAUGCCACAGCGAACCUUUAUUACAGCAAAGUAGGCACUACCGGGACACAAGCCGAUGAAGGAUCGCUAGUUUGUGCUAACGCCAGCGGUCACUAUGUGAAGCCACUGCUUAUUUAUCACUUUGAAACUCCCAGAGUUUUCACCAAUGCCACAAAUAAUCCCAGAUAAAAGGUACAAUGGUAAAUGGGUUAUACUUGUAUAGCGCUUUUCUACCUUCAAGGUACUCAAAGCGCUUUGACACUAUUUCACCCAUUCACACACACAUUCACACACUGAUGGCGGGAGCUGCCAUGCAAGGCGCUAACCAUGACCCAUCAUUAGCAUGGGUUAAGUGUCUUGCUCAAGGACACAACGGACGUGACUAGGUUGGUAGAAGCGGGGGAUCGAACCAGGAAUCCUCAGGUUGCUGGCAAGGCCACUCUCCCAACUUUGCUACGCCGUCCCAAUGAUUUGACUUUGUUUUUUGGGUGGGUUUGGAGCGCACCAACGAGACUUGUGUGAGUGUUGACAUUUAAGCUUGCUGUAAUAUUGUUGUAUUGUUUGGAUAAAAUAGAGAUUGUCGAGCCAUUACCCUCUUUGACAUAAACUGUAUACAGUAUAUACAUUAUAGUGUCUUCAAAGUUUGUAGUUUUUACAAAAAUGUGGAUUUUGGUCGAGGCAAAAAACAAUUAUUCAUCUUAUGGGGAACACUGCUUCACUAUACAGACUUUUCGGUUUGCAAACCAUGUUCAAUAACCAAUUAUGUUUGUAAAUAGAGGUUACACUGUAUAAAGUAAAUCCCCACAUAUUGGUAGAUGGCAUACAGCAUAUUUGCAAAUUUUCUUCUCAAAGUAUUACGUUUUUAUAAAUAUUUUAUUGGCAAAAUUGGAAAAACGCGUUUGUGUAUUUUCUUUACAAAAAAAUAGCUUUUUUUCAAUAAACAAAGUUGUAUUUUUGUUACCAAGUUACUAAAAGUAGUAACUAGCUAACUAAUAUUUUGUGUUUGGAGUAUCUCAAAUUUGAAUUGUUGUUUUUUUUUUACGGGUGUGUCUAUCGUUUGCAGUAUGUUGCUACUCCCUGGGUCCUUGGAACCCCCAAAGGAUCUCCUGUACUGAUGGAAACGUGGCUGCCAAUUGACGGGUCCUCCGACCACCGCCAAAUAUUUCUCAUUUAUACACCAGACUGGAGGCAAGGUAGGUGAAGUGCCUUGCCCAAGGACACCACAUCAGAGGUAAAACCAGUUACUUCUGUAUCACCUGAGCCCAAAGCUCUAACUAACCAUGAAUGAUGGUUAGUUGAAAAAAGUUAGUAUUUAGUUAAUGGCCAUUUUUAUUACUGAAAUAGCAAUCUCAUAUUUGAGAAUGAAAGUC